AUCAAGCUCUUCAGGAAGUUUGUCUGACAGGGAAGAAUCUGAUAAAUAAAACCAAUGCUAAAAUUAAGAAGAGUAGGAUACCUAUUUUGAGUACAAACCAAAUGACAAUGAGCCCCCAAGAAUUUCUUAAUAUACCGAAUCUUAAUCAGGAAAAUUCAAAGACAACAAUUAAUAAAAGCUCUUCAAGGAUAAACGACCCUCAUAAGAACUCCUUUAUCCCCAAUAAUUCCUCAAGGAAUUCAAAUUCUACUAUUUUUCGUAGAAAAAGUAACCAGCUUUCAGCAAUAAA